ACCAGAGGGAGCCCUUCAGCCACUGGCUGAAAGGAGGGAGGUGUUUUCCCAGAAGAGGAGGAGAGAAGGAGAAAGGAGAGAAGAAAACAGAAAAUGGAUAGAAAGCCUGCCACAUGGUCACAUCGGGUCAGAACCGUUUGCUCCUUGUGUUCCGAAGACAGAUAUGGUUGUCCAGCCAACCAGCAGACAGAUGUACAAGCUCGGCAGGGAUCUGGACCCAGCAGAACCAGCUCUGAACCGCCACAGUCUUCUUCUCCCAGCGGUCUCCACUCAGUGAAGAUGUAGUCUCUUCAGUCUCAAUGGAGAUGUCUCCAAACACAGCCUCAACUGCCUUGUUGCCAUGGUCACUGUGUGUGGUGUUCCUCCUGACUUCUGAAUCUCAGAUGAUGACCUCUGCUUCUACAGAUGGUUCUUCUCAGACAGCCAGCAGCAUGCUGCUGUUUGACAGCGGUUCUCCAGUCUCCAGCUUGAGGAAUUGUAGCUGCUCUGCUCCCAUCGGGUACUGCGAUGAGGCUCUGGCGAACUCUCUGUGCAGGUGCAACACUGUCCUGCGGUCAUCUGUCCAGCGUCUACAGAAAGCAGGACUUCUAACAGUGUGGGUGAAGGAGCUGUGGGUGCUCGAGGAGCUGCUGAACAGCAGCAUGGUUGCACAUUUGAAACUGUCUUUUUGUGGAAUGAAGCAUCUGCAGAGCCAGCAGCUUGUUCUACUUGGUCUGCAGACCCUCAGAAUUCACAGUGCAGCACCAGAAUCUCCUCAUCCUGACCAGGAGCUCCAGGUAGUCCCCUCAGCAGGGACUGCAGCAGAUCUGGAGUCCUCAUCCUUCCACGUGACCUUCAUCGAUGUCAGUGUGUUGAACGGUCUCACUGCUCUGAAGGCUUACAGUGUGGUCGGACUUCCUCCUCCAACCUUCUUCCAGAACUUUCCUCACCUAGACUCUCCCUUCACUCAGUUGUUUCCCACAGAUCCAACUGAUCCAGUGGACUCCAGAGAGAAGCCCUCAGAACCUCGGCAGAAAUCUCUCAUCACUUUUGUGUACUAGUUUCAUCCAGAGAGCAGACCAGAGACGAUCCAGCUUCCAGAGGUGGAGUACUUGAUUGUUUUGUUGUGCUGACAUUCAUUUGCUUUGAAGAGGAAGACGUCAGCUAUUGGACCCCAGAACCGACCCCUCAUCUGUUCUGGAUCUGGAUCAUGUUCUUCAGUAGAACCUUGUUCUGUUUGAUUUGGACUGCUCUUCCUGCUCUAUUAUCUUCUCCAGCCUCAUGGGUUAGUCUCUGUUUAGCUUUUCUAGUUUGGACCUGGGGCUGCGCAGUGGUGCAGUGGUUGGAGCUGUUGCCUUGCAGCUAGAAGGUCGUGGGUUCUCUUCCCCACCUGGGAUCCUUCUGCAUGGACCGCUGGAGAUAGGCACCCCCCCGCAACCCUGCAUGGACAAAGCGGGUUCAGAAAAUGGAUGGAUGAAUAGUUUGGACCUGGAGCUCCUUCAGCAUCUUGUCCAUCCAGUUUCUUCAUUCCUGUCAGCUUCUAAUAAAUCUCAUGCAUGCUGUCCCGGUUCUGUCUGAUCCCAGUCCUGUUAAUGCCACUGCAGGAUUCUGGACUUUCCUUUGACUUGAUUAAAUGGUUUUUCCUGUUUUCUGCA